GCUUAAAGGUCUCGUAACCAGGCCAUAAAAUCCAAAAAAAAAAAAAAGAAUUAGAAUAGGUGUUGUCAAAUAGUUGUGAAAUAAUCAAGUUGUGUAUGUGAUGUGGUGUGAAGCUAUUUCUAUUGUUUAUUGUACUUUCUAUUUGUGUCCUGUGCAUAUUGCUAUUUACCUGCCCAACGAGUGCUACAAAAAGCACUGUUGUACUCGCCCAUCUUAAAACCCUAAACUUUGCCACAAUGACAAUGGGCGAUGAACUGCCUGUCACUUCUUUGGUUUUGCCCGUUCUUAUUCGUCCUGUGUUAACUCAGUUGGAAAAAUAUGAUUUGGGCGCGUCUCAGACAUUACGAGCAGCUCUUACCAAGGCGGAGGCUGCUGUGCCAGGGCUUAAUUAUGAUUUGGUGGCCGGGAUAAUGCGAAGAGCUGAUAUACCUGUCAAUAUGAAUGAGAGCUUACUGCGUUUGCAGGGAGCUCUUACGGAAUCAGAAUGUGCUGAUCUAAGGCUGAACAGGUCUGAAGAGGCAUUCCAAGAGUUAAACAAGAAAUCUACCGCAUUGAAGAAAAUUUUAAGCCGCAUUCCUGAUGAAAUAACAGACAGAAAAACAUUCCUGGAAACUAUUAAAGAGAUUGCAUCAGCUAUCAAGAAGCUUCUGGAUGCUGUCAAUGAGGUGUCUCAAUAUACCCCUGGUCCCGGCAAACAAGUGCUAGAACAAAGAAAAAGGGAAUUUGUCAAAUACUCUAAAAGGUUUUCAAACACAUUGAAGGAGUACUUCAAGGAGGGACAGGCCAAUGCUGUGUUCGUGAGUGCUCUUUAUUUGAUCCACCAGACAAACCAAAUCUUAUAUACAGUAAAAAAUAAGUCUGAAUAACUUUAUCACUUCUGUAAUAGUAUUUACUAAUUUGUUUUAAUCUUCCCGUUCAAGUGUAUUAAUUACUUAUGAAAUAAAAAUGGAUAUGGGGUUAAAUACCUAGUUAAUCAAAAGUUUAAAAAAUUAUAAGUACUUAUAGAAUUUUGUUUUUCAUGUGCGGUCUUAAUAUAAAAUAAUCGUUUUACAGCUAGGGUUGAUAACAUCAGUCGCCAAAAAUUGUAAAUUGGCAUUGAAGUUUUUAAGACAUGGGUAGUAUAGAGUUAAUCAUUGACUGCCAAGUUAAUGAUUAUCAUAAACACUUUCCCUGGCUUUAAGCAUGUAAAAUACAUGUUGUGGGAUCCAGGUGGAAUGCAUUUUGGGAAAGUGUAAAGGUACGUUUACGUCCGGAAUACAAUGCCGCACUCGCAAGGGUGUAAAUGGCGUUCGAGCCAGUCCAAGUGUUUGUAUUGUACAGACUUGGAGCUUGUGGUCGUGGACGCCUGCCAAGUCUCCACAGGCAUGUAAACUUAACAUAAGAGCACUCAAAUAAUUUUGCCAUAUUGACAUUGAUUGGGAGUUUGAACGUGUUAAAUGACAAAAUGACUAACUAUGGGCUUAUUUAUACGGUACAAGAACUCGCAUACGAGUGUCAUUAUCAUUACAUUGCGGUAUUUGAUCGGUCGGCCGAGUUGUUUGUAACCGCAAUAGUCCGUAAUGUAACUAAAAAUGCAUGCGAGUUCGCGUGCCGUCUAAAUCAGCCCUAUUACAAGUAGAUUAUUAUUGAUUGCUAAAUUUUUAACUAUAUUGGGCGAAGUCUGGUGGCUUUCAGGUAUUCGUAAUUAGUAAAUUGCAAUUUAAAAAUGCUUAUGGUUUUUCGUAUAUAGACUCGCAUCCAGGCCAUAAUUAUAAAUAAAAAAACAUACAUAGUAGUCUACCUACAGUAGGUUUCUGUACCCUAAUGACGUAAAUUCAUAGUUAUUUUUAGAUAUUGGACUGUUUACAUUCGGUUCGUGUUUCAGUAAAAUGCAUACACUAUUAUAAUUAUGUAAUAAAAAAAUAAUAUGAUUUGUAUUUAAAUUUAUAGAUGUAGUCUGUAAUUAUUAUACAAAUAAUGCAUAGGUACAGUUAGACGUAUUUAAUUGUGUUUUAAAAUUGUACCUACCAAUAACAAUUUACCAUCGUAAUAUUAUUAUUGUGUUUCAAAUGUCACACUAAACAUAGUGUUUUUUUCCGUUAAUUUCAAGGGUGCAUUUCUGAGCUUAAAUUAAGUAACUUUCUCAAAGACACCGGUAUUCUAAUUAACAAGAAUUUAUUUUUAUCUGAUAAGGCCCUUACAAGGGUGUACACUUGCCUUACAGCCUGUUUACACAUUGAUUAGUGUUUAGUACGAGUUUAUACAUUUGCUACUAAGCGUAAGUACCUAGGUAAUCUCGGACGAUCGAUGUUCGAAAUUAUAUUAAUAUGUCACAUUUUUUUUAUUGUUUGGUUGAGUUAAAUGUAAUGCCCGUGCUACAACAACACUAUAUGCAGCCUUUAUUUUUUUUAAUUAAGUUUGUUAUUACAAAAUAACAAACUUAAAAUUAAAAAAAUCUAUUAAAAAAGAAAAAUUAAUAUUAAGCAUUUAGUAUCCUUACACGUUCUUACCCAUACCCCGAAGUUAACGGAAUUCAAUAAAAGCACGGUGUAUACAUAAAUACCGAUCGUGACUACAGUCACGAUACGGACAAAGUGCCAAAAUAUGUAUACACGACCUUAUUGCUCAAGUAUUAAGGUAGUGUCGACUUAUUUUCGGCACUUGGUCCGCAUCGAUAUUUUUAGACGUGACUGUAUACAUCGUGUUGCUAAUACUCUACAUAACCUAUGACUGUUGUACUUUACCCUAGUAUUAUAGAUAUAGAAAAUGUUUAUAAAAUUAAUGUUAUUAUAUUAAUUUGCACUGUUCUGGAGAUAUACCCAACUAAUAGAGAAAUAUUUUUA